AUGAAGAACAACAACCAAAACCAAAACCUCGGUCGCAUGUUUUCAAAUCCCCUCAGCGAGAUCCAAACCAAUACUACUCGUCGCAGUUGCAGCAACGUAACAGACAACAAGGAAAACACCAAUGUCAAUGUUUUUCCUUCUCUUCCAAAAUCCAAAUCGUUAUCAACCAGAAUUGUUAAGCCUUCUUCAUUACAGUUCUGCAUGCAAAUCAACGAUUCUUCUCACUUUUCUAACUCUCUCAAAAUCUGGGACUACUCUGAUUCCGAAGCUGCUCCUGCUUCCUCUUGGUCCACUUUACCUAACAAGUCUUUGAUUUGUAGACCAUUACCUAUAGAUAUUGGAAGAUGUACAUGUGUUAUUGUCAAAGAACCAAUCCCUCAGGGUCUCUCUGCAACCACCUUCUUCUCUCUAUACACCUACGAAGGUCAGGGACGGCAGAAUAGGAAACUGGCUGUAGCCUGCCACAGGCGGCGGAGAAAUGGAAAAUCACAGUUCACAGUAGCUCAGAAUGUAAAAGGAUUACUCUCUUAUUCGGACGAAACUUUCCUUGGGACAGUAACGGCGAACCUCACUGGCUCAAAAUACAACAUUUGGGAUCAGAAACAUCUUCCUAAUUCCAAAUCCAAUAGUAAUCAAUCGAAUUCAAAGCAGCCUCUUGCUGUUGUUGAGUAUGUACCUACAAUACCAACAUGUACAGGAACUCAUAGAAGCAUCAAAGCAUAUAUACCUAAUCAUCAAUCUAUGUCUUUCAAGAACACUUCACAGGUGCAACAUAUUAAGGGUUUGCCACUGAAUUGGAAGGGAAAGUUGGACAAAGUUCAUCAACUAUACUCAAAGGAUCCACUCUACAACAAGAGUACAAAGCAAUUUGAGCUUGACUAUAGAGAUAAAGGAAGGACAGGACUUGUUAUUCAGAAAUCAGUUAAAAACUUUCAGCUCACUUUAGAGGAGAAUGGGAAGCAGAUAAUUUUGCAGCUAGGGAGGGUGGCAAAAUCUAAGUUUGUUAUGGACUAUAGAUAUCCUCUGACUGGUUACCAGGCGUUUUCCAUAUGUUUGGCUUCCAUUGAUGCAAAACUUUGUUGCAUAGUGUAA